CAGCACCACAGCAGCUCUCGCUCAUCCUCGCUCUGUUUUAUUGCACCGUCAUGCACCGUCUCUUUAACGUUCCGGAUGAUACUGUAACGUCAUAAACGGCUGACUUUGCUGCUGAAACCGAGGCUGUAUCACUUCCUGAUAAACCCUAGCGACCAGAAGAAGAACUGCGUGUCUUUCUGGCUGGAAGAGGAGGAGGAGGAGGUUGAGGAGAAAAACUGACACGUGGAUUAUUCCUUUCGAGGCAUCAGGAAAGAAACACACUCCCUCCUCUAGCUUAGUUCUGCGACCAUUGCCCGUGUGCCCGUGAGUUUAGCCUUACUGGUAAUGGAAGUAAACAUGAAAAGAGCGUGAUAUGACCGCGGGGACGCUUUUUAUUCGCCCAUCUCUGAACGAUUACUUUUCUCACAGACAGACCGGAAAGACUGUGAAAGUAAAUAACCGGCGCGGUUGAGAAGAGGCUGCCGUCACCUCGCGUUGAAUGGCAGUUAUUCAAAAAUAUGGCAAGAGCUAUGGUCCAGAUUUGGUCUGUCACAAGGACAGCCAUCCGGCUGACAAGAUCGGAACACCUGGAUGUCACAAGAAGUGGCCUGAACACAACUGGUCGAGGCCUGUGGCGAGGGUAUGGACAGCUGUCCUGCUGCUUGGGACCUGCCUCCUCUACUGCGCCCGUGUUGCGAUGCCCAUCUGUGCCGUCAGCAUGGCAGAGAAGUUCAGCUGGAGCAAGAGGGAGUCUGGCAUGGUGCUGGGCAGUUUCUUCUGGGGGUACUGCUUCACCCAGGUGUUUGGAGGCUACGUCAGUGACCGAGUGGGAGGUGAGAAGGUCCUCCUGCUGUCUGCAGCUGCCUGGGGGUCAAUGACAGCCUUCACCCCCAUCCUGGCCCACCUCUGCUCCCAGCCCAUACUCUCCAUGACACUGGCCCGCUUCCUUAUGGGCCUGUUACAAGGGGUUCACUACCCUUCUUUGGCAAGUCUAUGCUCACAAAAGGUGGUGGAAAGUGAAAGAGGCUUCCUCAUGAGCACUGUUGGUAGUGGCUCCUAUCUGGGCACACUGGUGAUUGGAGGAGCCGGCUCCCUCAUGCUGGAUUUGUAUGGCUGGGAGAGUGUUUUUUAUGUCUCUGGUCUCCUGUCAGUCUUGUGGGCCUACUGCAUGUGGAAAUAUCUACUAAAAGGAGAAGGGCCAAUAAUCACAUUGGAGUCCCUGGGCAGUGGUGGGACCCAGACCAAAAUUACCAAAAGACAUUGGUUACGACUUCUCAAACAACCUGCAGUCUGCGCUGUGAUAGUGACGCACCUUUGCACAGCGAGCACUUUUUUCACUCUUUUGUCGUGGCUGCCAACAUUCUUUAAAGACACUUUCCCCGAUGCCAAGGGCUGGGUGUUUAAUGUCAUUCCGUGGUUGGUGGCCAUACCCUCUUCUCUCUUCAGUGGCUGCCUGUCUGACCACCUCAUUAGUCAAGGUUUUGAUACAGCUUCAGUGAGGAAGUUGAUGCAGUUUUUCUCCAUGGGUAUGUCCAGUGUGUUUACCCUCCUUCUGUGUGGCAACACCACCUUCCCCUGGGCUGUAGCAUUUGUGUCGGCCACCAUGGGCCUCACCACCUUCAGUCACAGCGGUGUUUCUGUAAAUGUUCAAGAUCUUGCUCCUUCAUGUGCUGGAGCUCUGUUUGGUGUUAUGAAUACAUGUGGUGCAUUCUCAGGAGUCCUAAUGGUGUAUUUCUCGGGGUAUCUCAUUGAGGCAACAGGCUCGUGGGCAUCUGUGUUUGCCCUCAUCACCACAGUCAACCUGCUGGGCCUUUUCAUCUUCCUGGCUUAUGCUGAAGCACGUCGGGUCGAUAUUGACUCUAGUAAGGUCCGCCAUAACAUCCACAUCUAAGUCGUCAGAGGGACCAUAGUGUUGUUCCCAAGCGAGAUGCGACCUUGGACAAUCACCAGCUAGGAUAUUAUCCACACUGGAUUAUUAUCCAAUGGGUAACAAGCUGCACUGGGAUAAAACCUGCAGAAAACAUCUCAGAAAAGUCUGAUUGGCUCUGUCUGGUUACGGAGUACGGUAGAAGUUACUGAGAAGCACACAGCAGACUCUGCACAACGUUACUGAAAAGUCUUAAAAUGUUCCAGUCUUGAAUCCUGGAAGAAUGAAUUUAGAUGAUACUUUCUAGGUUAAGUAAAAUAUGGGAGGAAAAGCCUAAACAGUUGCGGGCAAACUGUUCACACUUGUCUGUCUUUCGGUACAGACUGUGUUACUUCGAACUAGAAAAGUCACAGAUUAUUUUUCUGGUUUAGGAUGUGCUCAUGAUGACUGUGGUAGUGUCAGGAGCUGUCUGACAGCUGCGACAGAAAAAGACGUUGUGCCUUUCUUUCCCUGCGGGGAUGGGGGAGGCACACCCACUGGGUGACCCAAGGAAGGGCCAACAUCUCAUACCUGGAGUCUUUAUUAAUGUGCCCCACUCACCCGUCACUGAGAGAAAUGUGUGAGAGACACCUCAUUACCCAGUCACUAAUUACUUGGCAGGAGCUCUAAUGUUCUGUACAAGUUACUCUCUGUCGUCCUCGUCUCCAUGGUUACAAGCUCACUUUAUCAUUUAUGAUGGGGUCACAGGAAACUUUAUGGUAGCGAUGCUUUGACUGAAUUUGUUCUUUGUCUCAAGGAAUGUGUUGCAAGUUGAAAGACCAAAGGUUAGCUCUUUUUUCCCUGUAAUUUCCAAUUUAUGUAUUUGGAAUGUCUCUACGUUGUUUUGAGUAUUCUUAUGUUUAUAUAUAUGUGGCUGAAAGUCCUUUAAAUGCUUUCUUUUAAGGCGAAAGAGGAGAUUAUGGAAAUAUUAAGUUAUAGGACAAAAUAAGUAUUUUGCUAAGGU